UUAAAUUCUUUAAUGUGAAGUCUCAACUAUACCUACAUUUAUUCUUAACACUGCACACUCUCAAGAGCUGUUUCAAAUGCAGCUCUCUCGCAUAAUUGAAUAAUGACCGUGUUUUACAGCAGGGUGUGGACUUGAAAAGAAUUUCCCGAUGGAGACUUCCAGGUUAAAGGACAGAAAAUGAAUAAUGUUGAUGCGGUUCCACUGUCGUGACCUGUAAUAAGGGCUUUUCAAUUUCCUUUGGCAAAUCUGUGGCAUAACUAAACAUUUCCAAGACAAAAGGGCUCGAGUCUUCUUCUGUCUGUGUGGAGAUGAGGAUGGGCUGCCGCCUCUCUUAUGAUAAUAAUAGCAGGUCUCAGACGGUAAUUGGUCUAUGCGCCCUCCUCUGUCCCUACCUGGGUGAUUCAGGCGCUAGGUAUGAAUGGAAAACUCUGAGGCCACACGCUCACAAACCGGUACCUCCAAAGACAGCCUGGUCCACCUCACUUAUCCUCCUGCAGGCACACAUGCAAAACAUGCAUGUACCCCCAUCCCUGACACACACAAACAUCCAUCUUGCUUAUUGUGAAUGCUGUGACGAAACUGUUUACAGGCAACAGCACCUAUUUUGCGACCAUUAUUCAGAUGAAAGAUCAACAACAAACAGCUGACCUGUUAGCUGAACUAUUUAGUUGCCCCUCGGUACCAGAGAGACCCCUAAUGCAAGCUGUCCUAUCUUGAAAGAGUUCAUUUUUAUCAGAAAGGGCAUCAUCUGUAACCAAUAGACGGCCUUGCUCUUACGAAAUGAGAGCCUGCUCGACAGAUGUCUCCUGCCUCUCUUACUCUCUCUUUCUCCCCAUUUACAUCCACGUCUUAGAUGGCACCUCUUGACUUAAGUCAGGAUCAAGGUUGUUUACUGGUUCUCUGGGUAAUAUCAGGGACAUGUGGACGAGGGCACAUGAAAGGAACUCCUCUGUGUGUUAACACCCAAAACCUCUGUACAUGUUUGUUUUGGGUUUUAAACAAUAGCUUCAACAUGAAAUUAAGGGGACCCACUUCCGGAGGUUUGCCUCAAGUUGACACAGAACAGAAGCUGAAUCUCAAAAUGUUUUCACAGGGGAGGCAGCCUCAAACGUCAGAGCUCUCUUAGCUUUUUCUCUUUUUUUGUUUUAAUACAGUACAGUGACAAGCAAUAAACAAAAUAUCAAAGUCUGGUACAGGCUUUUUGGAAUAUCAGCAGAGCAAUGUUGGCCACAGGAGAAAUCAAGAGUCAUUACUCCAAUGUACACGAAAAUCUCUGAAGGUUUCAACAACUUUUCAACUAAUUUGUAACACCUGAGCUGUACUCCAUACAUGUCCAGUUCCCUUUACUUCCUGGCUUUUAGCAGAUUUCGACACUUAAACACUUUGUGGCUUGAUACCACUAAGUGUCGGGCUGUGGUGUUGCAACCUUUAUGGGAUUUAGUGUUGUGGUUGAGUCCCACAAUCCCUGACCUGAUAUCAUAUGUGUAAUGCUGGUGCUGUGUAGUUGACUGUGUAGGAGAGUGUGACAAUUCAAAGGAAUUUAAGGAAACUCUUCUAUGAAAUAUAAAAGUUUUAUAGAUGGGGAUCUCUCCUUUGUUCUUCCAGUGAGGACCUCCACCUGUUUCUGAUGAUGUGAGCCAGAGCCUGUCCCUUUCAAGAGGCUGAUCCCUCCUGAUCUCUUUGAUGUAACCUGACCUAACAGUUCCAACUAGCAGGAUUUGAUGAUCACGGAUGGAUCCUCCACAACGGCAUGUGCAAAUCAAAACUAACAGGCAUGGAGAGACGGACGAUGGGGAUGUGUGAGCAGAACUGGCAGGCUGCGUAGACAGCGAGCGCUCACAGAGCUAUGAUGUGUCUGAACGCCAGGCAGGCAACGGUCACAUGAUCGAUGCUGCCAGCCCAGACUUAAGCAAUAAAACCUGUGGAUCUGUGAGGGCACAUGCAACUGAUCGGAGAUGAAAGACAGGCUUUGACUUUCACAGGAGGCCUGGGGUUGGGGUGGGGGCUAUGGGGGCACUUCUGAGGGACUGCCAUCAGAACAGCUGGGUCAUUUUCAAAUGACCUAAUUCUAGGAUUAAUCCAUUAGGACUUGCAUGGUUAAAUUUGUGACUACGCUUCACACAGAUGAUGGGAGGCAAAGAAAAAGAGGGAGAAUUACUGGUGAAAGCCAGAAAGGCUUAGCACUUGGGGUUCAAACAAGGUGCACGGUGGAGGACAAACCACUGUGCGCCAACAGUAGCAAAGCUGACAAUUGCUUCUAUCUCCGUCUCCAGCCUCAUAUGGUUGGGUCGUUUCAUCACAGAAAUCCAACAUGCUCUCCAUCUGAAUCAACGCAUUUAGAUCCCUCAAAGCUCGACCGUCUGCAGCCCACACAUCUCACUCACUCGGGUCAGAGGAUGUUUUGACACACCACUCGGGCAUCUCUUCAUGGCAGCGAGUGUGUCAGAGGCCAGCGUCCAUCUGUACUAUCUGAAAGAAUCGCGAGGCAGCAGGCGGUGGCUGAUAUUCUUAGAGGGUGGAUGGUACUGCUUCAACAAGGAGAACUGCGAUAGCCGAUAUGAGACCAUGAGGAGACUGAUGAGCUCGUCCAAGUGGCCCCAAACUAAAACAGGCACUGGGAUCCUGUCUCCACUGCCGGAGGAAAACCCUCACUGGUGGAAUGCCAACAUGGUGUUCAUCCCGUACUGCUCCAGUGAUGUGUGGAGUGGCGCUACAGCCAAAACAGAGCAAAGUGGCUAUGCCUUCAUGGGCUCACUGAUUAUUCAGGAGGUUGUCAAGGACCUACUGAACAAAGGUCUGGACAACGCCAAGGUCCUCCUCUUAGCAGGAAGCAGCGCGGGCGGUACUGGGGUCCUGCUGAACGUGGACCGCGUGGCAGAGCUACUUGAGGGGCAAGGGCACACCGGGAUACAAGUGCGAGGUCUGUCCGAUUCUGGCUGGUUCCUGGACAACAAGCAGUACCACUGCACAGACUGUGUGGACACCAUCAGCUGUGCCCCCACUGAGACCAUCAAGAGAGGGAUCAAGUACUGGGGAGGAGUGGUGCCAGAGAGGUGCAGGCAGACCCAUCAAGGAGAGGAGUGGAAUUGUUUCUUUGGAUACAGAGUAUUCCCGUCAAUAAAAAGCCCUGUGUUUGUGGUCCAGUGGCUCUUUGAUGAGGCCCAAUUGACAGUGGACAAUAUACAGCUCACAGGCCAACCUGUGCAGGAAGGCCAGUGGCGCUACAUCCAAAAUCUAGGCAUAGAGCUGAGAAACACACUCAAAGAUGUCCCAGCUAUGUUCGCCCCAGCGUGCCUGUCUCAUGAAGUUAUCACCAGAAACUACUGGAUCGACAUACAGGUUAAAGGCACCUCCUUGCCCCGGGCGCUGCACUGCUGGGACCGGAGCCUCAACGACAACAGGAACAACAAAGCUCCACCCAAGGGCUGCCCUCUGCAUUUGAUUGACAGCUGCCCAUGGCCACACUGCAACCCCACCUGCCCGACCAUCCGAGACCAGUUCACAGGACAGGAGAUGAAUGUCAUCCAGUUCCUCAUGCACAUGGGCUUUGACGUGCAGAAGAUGGCUCAGCAGCAGGGCAUGGACCCCAGCAAGCUACUGGGAAUGCUCAGCAGCGGCAGCUAAAGGGACACAUGCACGCACAGGAGCGCACACACACACACACACACACACACACACACACACACACACACACACACACACACACACACACACACACACACACACACACACACACA